GACCCCACAUUCCUCUCUCUCUCUCUCUCUCUCUCUCUCUCUCUCUCUCUCUCUCUCUCAUCACCAUUGAUGCCCCCUUAAAACAGCUACCCCUUUCGUCAUUCAAGAAUGUAAUUGCCAUGGGCGUGGACAUGUCGAAUCCCUCCUCUCGCACCAAAGAUUUCUUUGCUUCUCCAGCUCUCUCUCUCACUCUUGCCGGUGUUUUUCGGGGUGCUGCUACACCGGCGGCAAGCGUGGAGGUGGAACAAGGUGACGAAGAGAGCGGAGGCGGAGGCCGAGAAGACGCAGUUGAGAUUAGCAGCGAGAAUACUGGCCCCGGAAGAUCCGACGAAGAUGGAUACGCCGAGGGAGAUGAAGAGGACGACGGUGAGGAGGGAAAGAACAAGAAGAAGAAGAGAAAGAAAUAUCACAGGCACACAGCCGAGCAAAUUCGAGAAAUGGAAGCAUUGUUUAAAGAAUCGCCUCACCCAGAUGAGAAGCAAAGGCAACAACUGAGUAAGCAAUUGGGCCUUGCCCCUAGGCAAGUCAAGUUCUGGUUUCAAAAUCGCAGAACCCAAAUCAAGGCAAUACAGGAGCGCCAUGAAAAUGCUCUGUUGAAGUCUGAGAUAGAGAAGCUCAGAGAAGAAAACCGAACCAUGAGGGAGACCAUUAAGAAGGCUUGUUGCCCAAAUUGUGGCUUUGCUACCUCUAGCAAAGAUGUAACGACUGAGGAGCAGCAGUUACGGAUUGAAAAUGCAAAGCUAAAAGCCGAGCUAGAAAAGUUGCGGGCAACCAUCGCGAAAUACCCUCCGGGGACGGCAUCACCCAGCUCCUCCUGCUCGGCCGGAAACGACCAAGAGAACAGAAGCUCCUUAGAUUACUACACUGGGAUAUUUGGGCUUGAGAAGUCCAGAAUAUUGGAGAUCGUCUACCAAGCUCUGGAAGAGGUCAACAAGAUGGCAACUGCAGGUGAACCUCUGUGGGUUCGAAGUGUUGAGACUGGCCGCGAAAUACUCAAUUACGACGAAUAUGUUCGCCAGUUCUCGGUUGAGAAUUCAAGCAAUGGACGGAUCAAAAGAUCCAUUGAAGCCUCAAGAGAGUCUGGUGUAGUCUUCGUAGACCUCUCAAGGCUAGUUCAAGCUUUCAUGGACGUGAAUCAAUGGAAGGAGAUGUUUCCUUGCAUGAUCUCUAAGGCAGCCACCGUAGAUGUAAUCUGCGAUGGAGAAGGCGUCAAUAGAAAUGGUGCUGUGCAGCUAAUGUUUGCAGAACUGCAAAUGCUCACACCCAUGGUGCCCACAAGAGAGGUGUAUUUCAUCAGAUACUGCAAGCAACUAAGCCCCGAGCGGUGGGCUAUCGUUGAUGUGUCGAUCGACAAAGUUGAAGACAAUAUUGAUGCAUCCCUUGUCAAAUGCAGGAAAAGGCCAUCUGGCUGCAUCGUCGAGGACAAAUCUAAUGGUCACUGCAAGGUGACUUGGGUCGAGCACUUGGAGUGCCAGAAAAGCACAGUCCACACUAUGUUUCGCUCAAUUGUUAACAGUGGCACUGCGUUUGGCGCCAGGCACUGGAUGGCAACACUCCAGCUCCAAUGUGAGAGGAUUGUUUUCUUCAUGGCAACCAAUGUACCCACCAAGGAUUCAACUGGGGUGGCCACUUUGGCCGGAAGGAAAAGCAUUUUGAAGCUGGCACAACGAAUGACAUGGAGCUUUUGCCGUGCGGUGGGUGCAUCUAGCUUUCACACAUGGACCAAGAUCUCAACCAAGGGAGGAGAAGACAUAAGGGUGGCCUCUAGGAAGAAUUUGAACGACCCAGCAGAACCUCUUGGGGUGAUCUUGUGUGCAGUUUCUUCUGUAUGCUUGCCUGUCUCACCCCAUAUUCUCUUUGAUUUCUUGAGAGACGAUUCUCGACGACAUGAGUGGGAUAUCAUGUUAACUGGAGGCCCAGUACAAUCCAUUGCAAAUUUGGCUAAGGGACAAGAUCGCGGCAAUGCAGUAACAAUUCAGGCAAUGAAAUCAAAAGAGAGUAGUGUAUGGAUACUCCAAGAUAGUUGUACAAAUGCUUAUGAAUCCAUGGUUGUAUAUGCACCUGUGGACAUCACUGGAACGCAAUCAGUUAUAACAGGAUGUGAUUCAAGCAAUGUCGCCAUUUUGCCUUCAGGUUUCUCAAUUCUUCCAGAUGGGCUUGAGACAAGACCUCUUGUUCUCACUUCCAGGCCGGAGGAGAAGACCACAGAAGGGGGUUCCUUGCUUACCAUAGCUUUUCAAAUCCUGGCCAAUACCUCUCCCACAGCCAAACUAACCAUGGAGUCUGUAGAAACUGUUAACAACUUCAUUUCAUGUACAUUGCAGAACAUUAAGACAAACUUGCAAUGUGAGGAUGCUUGAUUGAUUUAGCUUUGUAAAAUACUUAUAUACCAAGUUAAUUGUAAAACGGCUAUAGUAUUUCCACACAUGAUUGACCAUUUAAAAUGUGAGCCAAUUUUGCUUCAUGGAUCAGAAACCCUUGGUGUAUUUGCAAGAUAUUCAUCUGGGUCAAUUUAACAAGAUCUUGGUC